CAAUAACGCUUGAAUUAUCAUUACGAUUUGGAAAGGAGCAUAUGGGCUAACAUAUCUUAGUGAGAUUGCUAAUUGAUAUCUGGGCUGCUGUUGUGUGCUUUCUCUCCCAAUCAUUCCAAAACAUGAAGCAGCUCCAUGUGGGCUGGGUCUCAUUCGGUUGGUUUAUCAUCACAUGUCUGUCCAUUAGGUCAUUUCUAAUUGCCUGGGCUUCACUCUCCUUCAUCUUCAAUCGUUGUUCCACUUCCAAGUUACACGACUGAAGAGUCUAAUGCAGAGUUCAACAAGCAAAUGGUUAUCACGCAGACUUGACAAGUAAUAAUUUAAAGACUAGGACAAAGAAAGAAUCCACAGGUUGUUUUGUUUGUUUGUUUUAAUGAUGAUGAUUGAGGAGAUCCACAGGUAGUAUCCUAUCCUAAGAAAAGCGCGCAUGAAGAGUGAUAAUAUUCCAACCCGACUUGCAAGCUCCCGUAAUCACAAAGAAGUUUUCAGUUUGCAGAGAUGGAAAAGAAAGAGAGAAAGAUCAUGGUGGCUGUGGAUGAGAGCCAAGAGAGCAUGUAUGCACUCUCCUGCUGCAUCACCAAUCUCAUCUCCCAAACCAACAAGCUUCUUUUGCUUUAUGUCAGGCCACCUUCUGCUUUCUACUCCUUGGAUGCCGCAGGGUAUCACUUUUCCUCUGAUGUUGUUGAUGCCAUGGAAAAGUACAGUAUGCACUUGGCUAAUUCCGUCAUGGAAAGAGCUGAAGCUGUUUGCAGAGACUUGAACGCUACUAAUAUCAAUGUGGAGAGAGUGAUUGGUGUAGGACAUGCCAAGAAUGUAAUAUGUAGUGCUGUGAAGAAACUAGAGGCUGACACCUUGGUCAUGGGAACUCAUGGCUAUGGAUUCAUUAAGAGGGCCCUCCUUGGAAGUGUCAGUGAUCACUGUGCCAAACAUGCAAAGUGUCCUGUUGUAAUCGUGAAGCAGCCAUAAGAGAUCAAUUUGGUUUCCUUUUCUCACUACAUACCUUCUUAGUGGUUGGAUUGGAUUCUCAGGAAGCAGCUUCCGGGGCAUACCUUUAACCACUACACAUGCAUGCACCCUCUUGUUGCCUACAAUUUGUGUAUAUAUGCUGCAUUUCUUUGUUGUUAAAUCAUGAUACAGAGGUAAUGUUCCAAAGGUUGGAAAUCAUGAAUUGAUACAAACCACCCCAAACUUAUAGUACUACCACUUGCAC